UCGCCUACCUACUACUUGCAUAUACUUAUUAUACCUACACUUAUAUACGUUUACUUAUAUCUACUUACGCUUAAUAUGACCCGUCCAGUCGUCGUCCUCGGCGCAGGCGUCCUCGGCCGACGCAUCGCCUCUGUCUUCCUAGCAGGUGGCUACGACGUCCACACGAGAGAUCCCAGCGAAGCAGCCCUGACAGCAGCCAAGGAGUACGUCGCCGAGAACAUCGGCUCCUUCACGGCGCUCACACCCGCCCAGCCGAAGCCGCAACCGGGCACACACCGCGUGUACACGGACAUCGCAUCCGCCGUGCAAGAUGCGUGGCUCGUCGUUGAGGCUGUCCCCGAGCAGCUCCCGCUGAAGAUCGCCACGUUCGCGGAAGUGCACGCCGCUGCUCCCGCAGACUGCAUCAUCGCCAGCAACAGCAGCUCGUUCAAGUCGCGGUUGAUGAUCACGGAGCUGCCGCGUGAGCGCGCUCAGCGUGUGCUCAAUAUGCAUUUCACCAUGCCGCCGGCGAUUCGCACGGUCGAGCUUAUGACUUCUGGCGAGACGGACGAGGCCUUGUUCCCGUUGUUGACGGAUGUGUUGGCCAGCUGUGGCGUGCUGCCUGUGACGGCGCGGCGCGAGUCGACUGGUUUUAUCUUCAACCGGCUGUGGGCGGCGAUUAAGCGCGAGAUUAUGAUGAUCUUGGCUGAAGAUGUCAGCUCGGCGGCGGAGAUCGAUCUCCUGUGGGAGAACAUGUUCCAGCUCCCGACGAGCUUGCCGCCGUGUAAGUUGAUGGACCAGAUCGGUCUGGACACGGUGGCGUUCAUUGAGGAUAACUACGUUGGUGAGAGGGGGUUGGAUACCACGUUGACGGUGGAUUGGCUGCGCGAGAAGUAUAUCAAGCCGGGAAAGCUGGGUAAGAAGAGUGAGUUGGGAGGAUUGUAUCCUGCUUCUUCUCCUGCUUCUUCUUCCUCCUCUUCUGAAUCAGCUGGGGCUUCGACUCGCCCCUCGACUGCGUCGUCUACCCCCGAGAACGAGGGAAAGAAAGAAUUGCUCGUGCUGGACGUCGGUCUGGGCUCCAACAACGCCGACCUCAGCGCCAUCCCGACAGCAGGUCGCAUCCUGCGCUUUGACACCGCCUCGCGCACCAUGACCCCCGUCGUGACAGGCCAGUCCCUCCCCGACGGGAUCGAUGUAGCGCGGGAAGCCGGGCGGAUGUUCUGGACGAACAUGGGGCGGUCGACGUCCACAUGCGACGGCAGCGUGUACUCGGCGCGCCUAGACGGCAGCGACGUGCAGACGGUCAUCCCGCCCGCGGCGGUGCACACGCCGAAGCAGCUGGUGGUGGACGAGACGACGUCGCGGGUGUACUUCUGCGAUCGGGAAGGGAUGGGGGUGCACCGGGUGCGGUUCGACGGGACGGAGCACGAGACGAUCGUGAAGACCGGGUGCGCGACGCAGCAUAAGGGCGAGAUGACGCGGUGGUGUGUGGGGAUUGCGCUGGAUGCGGAGCGCGGGCUGGUUUACUGGACGCAGAAGGGGCCCAGCAAGGGUGGUCAGGGCCGGAUCUUCCGUGCGCCGGUUGAUGUGCCUGCUGGACGGACGGCUGAGGAUCGUGAUGAUAUCGAGCUUGUGCUGGAUGGGUUGCCUGAGCCGAUUGAUUUGGAGUUGGAUGCUGCGGGGGAGACGUUAUACUGGACGGAUCGGGGGGAGCAUCCUGUGGGGUGUUCGCUGAACCGGGUGGUUGUUGGUGGGGAUGGUGGCGUGGAGGGUCGACGGGGGAAGAAGGAGAUUCUGGCGCGACAGUUCCAUGAGCCUAUUGGGUUGAAGCGCGAUGCGUCCGGGGAUGCGGUGAUAGAGAUGUACACAUAUAUAUAUGAAGAUAUAAAGAUAUAA